CAUUUGGAAAGUGAGUAGUAACACAGAAAGGUAACUGGUGACGACUGUCAGAGGUUGGGUAGUGCGGGUUUACUAAAAUGUAAAUUCUUAGUCGUAUUUUAGAGAGGUAUGUAGACCAAUGCCCGUUCCGGCUGGGCACCCCCAUCUCAUGUCACAGGCGAAUACAUCAGUUGCGCGGCUGCGCACGCAUCACUUCAAUGAUUUAAUAUGAAACAUUCUGUACAGUUACCUAUUUCAAUAAAUUUAACUAGAUAUGAUAUGAUACUAGAUUUGCAUAACAAAGCGAUUUUACAGGAGCUAUGUCGAAUUCCGAAUGCUUUCACGUAAACACUCCGCUCCUGGAGAGUCUGGACAUGUCGAAAAGGAUUGGUACUCCUGUCUACCUGAAGAUGGAUAAUGCCCAACCUUCCGGCUCUUUCAAAAUUCGAGGGAUAGGAUACCUGUGCCAGAAGGUUGCAGGUGCUGGAUCAAAAGGUGUAAUCUGUUCAUCAGGUGGCAAUGCUGGCAUGGCGACAGCCUAUGUGGCAAGGAAACUCAAUAUCCCAGCAACCAUCAUUGUGCCUUCCUCCACACCUGAGCUCGUGAUUCACAAACUGAAGAGCCAGGGGGCUACAGUGAAGGUGGUGGGCAAGGUGUGGGAUGACGCUAACGCCGAGGCGCUAACCUUGGCUCAGAAUGAGGGCCUUACCUUUGUCCCGCCAUUUGACCAUCCUCUAGUCUGGCAGGGACAUGCCAGCAUCAUAAGGGAGAUCAAGGCCUGUCUGGUGACCAAGCCUGGGGCCGUGGUUGUAGCAGUGGGCGGAGGAGGGCUGCUCUGCGGGGUGGUGGAGGGCCUCAGGGAGGUGGGCUGGGGCGACGUGCCCAUCGUUGCCAUGGAGACCAGAGGUGCGAACUGUCUGAAUGAAGCAAUGAAAGCGGGGAAGCCAGUCACACUUCCUGACAUCACCAGCGAGGCCAAAACUUUGGGGGCGAAAACCGUGUGCAGCCGAGCUUUCGAGUACUGUAAGGAAGGCAACAUCAUUUCAGAGGUGGUGACAGACAGCGAAGCUCUGCAGGCUAUUGAACUCUUCCUGGAUGAGGAGCGCGUGCUGGUGGAGCUGGCGUGCGGCGCUGCGAUAGCGGCGGUGUACACCGGCCUGAUCCAGCGGCUCCAGGAGGAGGGCCGCCUGCCCCGCCGGCUGGGCCCCCUGGUGGUGGUUGUGUGUGGCGGCAGCAGCAUCAGCAUGGCCCAGCUGAAGCACUUGAAAAGCAAGCUGCAGGGAUGACCUGGAGUCUGUCGGGCCUGAAGCACUGCACUAUGACUCACACCACUGUCAGUCACAGAUACUCCUGUUUUUCCUGUACUAGGUAGUAAGUAGUACAGUCCAUGCUGAUCCAUUUUACAAUUAAUCUCUUGAUGAGUAUAUUACAAUUACAGAGCAAAUAUAGAGGUAGGUGAUUGUUGUUUAAUUUUGUUUAAUGCAUGAAUGUUCUGCUUCUCCUUGCUGUAUGCAGUGUAGUAUCAUUGUCACAAUAUGAUAUACCUACUUUACCCAUGAGAGGAGUUUAAAGAACGAGCCGUCU